UCCUCUCCUCUGGUUACGCACGAGGAGCGAUUUCCUUCUGUUAUUACUGUUAUUAUCAUCAUCACCACCACCACCACCCUCCUCCUCCUCCUCAUCAUCAUCACUACUAAUGGACUAACACUCAGCCCGAUCGUCACUACUCAGCACUCCCAAUACUCGGACUUUUCUUCCCUUUCCUCCAGUUCUCAUCGCAGCCUCAAGCAUGCGCAUCUGCGUCUUCAGCGUGCUCUUCUGCGGUGUCUCAGUGGGUCUGACGGUGUUUAAUGUGUCAGAAGAGCAUGAUCUGUGUCCUCUGGGUUACUUCCCCUGUGGGAAUCUGAGCUCCUGCCUGCCUCAGCUGCUGCACUGUAACGGAGUUGAUGAUUGUGGAAACCAAGCAGACGAGGACAACUGUGGAGACAACAACGGCUGGCCUCAUUUGUUUGACAAAUACUUUGGGAUGCCCAGUAAAGAUGCUGGAACCAAAUCAACCACAUGUCUACUCGGCCCCGUACCAGCCGAGUGUCAGUGUAGGGAUUUGGAGCUUGACUGCAACGGUGCUCACUUUAAAGACGUCCCUACUGUGUCCACGAACGUCACCAUGAUGUCUUUACAAAGGAACCGUUUAAGGAAACUGAACACUGACAUGUUCAUUAAGUACCAGAACCUUCAGAAGCUAUAUCUGCAGCACAAUCGCAUCAAAGUGGUUGAACCCUAUGCGUUCCGAGGUCUUUACAACCUAACACGGCUGUAUUUGAGCUACAAUCGGAUCUCUAGCCUAAUGCCAGGAGUGUUCCAGGACCUGCACAAACUGGAAUGGCUGAUUUUGGAAAACAACAAAAUACACCAGGUUUCUUCUCUGACCUUUUCAGGCUUGAGCUCCCUCGUGCUGCUAGUUCUUUUGAAUAACGCUCUGAUGAACGUUGACGAUAUAUGCCUGGAGAUGCCACGGUUAAAUUGGCUAGAUAUGGAAGGGAAUCAGAUGGAGAUUGUGGAUAAUAGAACAUUCUGGUCCUGUAGCAUGCUCACUGUGCUAGUCCUUCAGAGAAACAGGAUCAGUCAUAUCCAUGAGCAGGCGUUCUCUCUGCUGCGGAAGCUGGGAGAGCUAGACUUAUCCAGUAACAGAAUUGAGAAAAUCUCACCAGAUCUUUUUGUAAAUCUAGGAGAUUUGCUGCAGCUGAAUAUUUCAUACAACCCAAUUCAGGAGCUGCAAGCGGACCAUUUUGACAAACUGCACAAGCUGAAGUCACUGAGCAUCGAGGGCAUCGAGAUUGCGAACAUUCACAGGAGAAUGUUUGAACCGCUCAAAAAUCUCACACAUAUCUAUUUUAAAAAGUUCCAGUAUUGUGGCUACGCCCCUCAUGUACGCAGCUGCAAGCCCAAUACAGAUGGCAUCUCAUCGUUGGAGGACCUCCUGGCCAACAUCGUGCUGCGUGUCUUCGUCUGGGUCGUGUCUGCCACCACCUGCUUUGGUAACAUCUUUGUCAUCUGCAUGCGCUCGUACAUCCGCUCGGAGAACAAGCUCCAUGCCAUGUGCAUCAUUUCCCUUUGCUGUGCUGAUGGUCUGAUGGGUGUCUACCUGUUUGCGAUUGGAGCGUAUGACCUGAAGUUUCGCGGUGAGUAUAACCGCCAUGCACAGGCCUGGAUGGACAGCUUGCCCUGUCAGGUGGUUGGCUCUCUGGCCAUGCUGUCCACCGAGGUCUCUGUUCUUCUCCUCACUUACCUCACUUUGGAGAAAUACAUCUGCAUCGUUUACCCGUUCCGCUACCUGACACCUGGGCGCAGACGUACCGUCACCAUCCUGGUGGCCAUCUGGAUCCUGGGCUUUGUCAUCGCGUUCCUGCCCCUAGUGUGUAAAGGAGAUUUCAGGAACUUCUAUGGGACCAAUGGGGUUUGUUUUCCUUUGCAUUCGGAGCAACCAGAGACUCCAGGAGCUCAGAUCUACUCCAUCGUCAUCUUUCUGGGCCUGAACCUUGUGGCAUUUCUCAUCAUCGUGUUGUCUUACGGAAGCAUGUUUUACAACAUCCAGAGAACAGGGACUCAGACAACCAAAUACAGCAACCACAUCAAGAAAGAGCUAACUGUGGCCAAACGCUUCUUCUCCAUCGUCAUCACCGAUUCGCUGUGCUGGAUACCGAUUUUCAUUCUCAAGAUCUUAUCCCUCAUGGAGGUUGAAAUCCCAGGAACCAUCAGCUCAUGGGUGGUUAUCUUCAUCCUGCCCAUAAACAGUGCUCUAAAUCCCAUUCUCUACACUUUGACCACACGACCCUUCAAGGAGACCCUCCUGCAGGUCUGGACCAACUACAGGCAGCGACGGCCAUUGCUCAGCAGCCACCCAGCCCAUCAUCCUUCCUUUACCUGGCAGGAAAUGUGGCCUCUUCAUGAAAACAGCCAGAACGUAGUGUCUCCAGAGUACCUGGCACAUCCUUCUGAGAUGUCCUGUACAUCAAGGACUUCCUAGCUGCUAAACAUGGACAAGUGAAACAGGACAGGAAACGAUAGAUAGGGUGAUACUCUUGCUCAGUCUUGGAACCACGUACAUUCAUACUACUGAGUGACAAAGCAGCAAGAGUUUCGUUCAUUCGUUUCCAAUGGAAGUGUUUGACUCGGAGCCGUGGUUGGGUGGAGUGUGAAAUGAAACGGAGCCUUACUCAUAUUUAUGCAGCGUCAUGUACAAUGUGACAAAAAUACCGGAUCAACGGACUCCCAGGUUCUACUUUUCCGAAAUAAUACCGUGACCUUCGAAGUCAAGCAAGCUUGGCAGAAAGAAAAAAAUUCAAAGAAAGAACAUUUUCUGUUCCUGUGAAAUUUUAUUGCUUUGUCAUUGUGUUCAAAAUACACCUUGUGUCCUGAAUAUUGCUAAUAUUGUGCUAACUCUGUGAUGAAUAUAGUCAAUUAGCCCAUUAGUGAGAAUUCACAUGAUUGUCGAGUGGGGUUUGUGUCCUUCAUUUUUCUUAUAAAUAACAAUAAGGCUCAGAAUAAGUUUUUUUUUUUUUUUUCCUCCAUUGAAAUCGUCAACAAACAGCUUGAAGUGGAUUUUAGUUUGUUUUUGUGCAACCAAGAAAAACAGCACCACCAAUGGCUGGAAGAAAAAUUACACAUAUGAAAUAGAGGCUGGGGCUGAUUUCAUUCUAGCCCAGACUGUAGAUUCAUGUCAUCUGAUUACACAUCUUACAUUUGUUGUCCAUUGGGACUAAUUUAUUUAACAUCGCUGUCAUAUCCAUAAAACAUCAUCAACAGCGAUGGAGAAGCCGAGAAUCGAAAAUACGCAAGCAAGAGGUGAAUCAAUAACUCGUUUUUUUUUUCUUUUGUGGUUUCGUUGUUUGUUUUCUUUCAAGUGCAAAUGAAUUCACAAAGUCUGCUUUGUCCAAUUAAAGUCAAGCAACAGAAUGUUUUGUGUACUUUGAUUUGAACAAACAGAUCUGUCUGAUUGCUAUUCAGAAGAGAUACCACGUAAUUACGUUCCGAAAACAAUUAAGGAAUAUAAACAAUGCUGUCUAACUGUCUUAGCAAAAUUGGGUUAUUGUGUGUAUGUGUAAAUUUGCUCACACCAACAAUGAGACCACAUUCUAAGAGGCUUAAACAAAUCGUAGGGUAUUUUGUUUCGCCGUCACUUUUAAUUUUAAAUAGAACUGAGAAUAGAAAGUUUAGAAGGUUUAAUAAAUCAGUUUAGAACAAUGUCUUUAUUUUUGCAAGUACAAUGUCUUUAUUUUUCAUAAGGGAAGUUUAAGAAGCCUCUAGUGCUAUUAAGUGUUUAAUAGGAAAUAUUUUUUUAAAUAAGAGUUGAUUCAAAGGAACAUGAAAUAAGCAAGCAAAAGAAUGUAACAUAAACGUAAAGCAGAUAUAUAUAUAUGUAAAUUUUUCCCCUUCUCAGUUUUUUCAGAUCUUAUACUUCUCAUGAGCACUUUACUACAAAGUCCACAAAUAAGCAUCUGUUAAUACUGACUAUUGUUGAUGCUUUCGGCAGUUCACAGGGGUCAGCAUGGGCACCCUGACUGGUCUGCGGAUAUGCAGCCCCAUGCACAAUAAAAUGCGAUGCACUGUGUAUUCUGACACCUUUCUAUCAGAACUUCUUCAGCAAUUUGAGCAACAGUAGCUUGUCUGUUGGAUCGGAUCACACGGGCCAGCCUUCGUUCCCCACGUGCAUCAAUGAGCCUUGGUCGCCCAUGUUCAACACUGUUCCUACCUUGGAACACUUUUGAUAGAUACUGACCACUGUAGAACGGGAACACCCCACAAGAGCUGCAGUUUUGGAGAUGCUCUGAUCCAGUGGUCUAGCCAUCACAAUUUGGCCCUUCGUCAAUCUCGCUCAAAUCCUUACGCUUGCCCAUUUUUCCUGCUUCUAACAUCAACUUUGAGGACAAAAUGUUGACUUGCUGCCUGAUAUAUCCCACCCACUAACAGGUGCCAUGAUGAGGAGAUCAUCAGUGUUUCUUUGUCAUUCUUUGUAAUAAAACAAGAUCUUGUAGGCCAUGGAGGAUUUUUAAGCUAGCCCAAUUUGGCUUAAAAAUUCAGGACCAUAUCAACCCUGUUAUUAUCUGUCCUGUCUGCUGCUCUUCCUGUGUAAAGAGUGAACCUAGGGCAGUGUGAUGCCGGUCCCAAUGGGCCUCUAUUAAAUCUGAUUGCAGUCUUGACCACUAGGGGCAACAUCUUCUCACCUCAAAAGACGUCACAAGUAUUUCAACAGAAUUUAAAAUGUAUGGAGUUACCAAUGAGGAUUUUAAUCUAAAAUAUUUAUAAACGUUUAUAAAAGAUAAAAGUUCUGUCUCAUCAUUUCAUCAUAAGUUCUACAUUUCUCCCUGUUUAGUAGCUGGCUCAUUGUACGUUGUGUGUUUAUCCGUAUUUGCGAUGACUGCUUGUUCUGUGUGUAGCUUUUGUUUACAUGUUCAUGUUUUCCUAGCCUAGCUUAGCCCACGUCUUCUAGCUGUGCAUCCUUUCUAAGACUUUGUUAGUUCUUUAAUUGACUUACCCCACAUUAAAAAUGUUUCCUAUUUCAUGGACAGUGUCAGUGAUAUAUCUAGGAAGGGGCUCUGCACCACCUGUACACAUAUAAUAACUCUUCCUGAGUCAUACAGCUGACCGAAUAACCAUUAAUAAAAGUAAUAAUUAUAUUUAAUGCAUUCUGCUAAUUAAUAUCCUUACACCAGGGUGGAAAGGUAUCCUUAAAGACCUAGAUUACAUAAUUAUUCAUCUUUAAGCAUAUAAUGAAUUAACUACUAGGAAUAAAUGGUUUGAAUUAUAACAACACUAUUCAUGUUCAUGUUGUCCAAUCAAAACGGGUUUGGUUCUCUUUCAUACUGUGACACUGUACUGUACAACUGAUGUUUAUUUAAGGUUACGUUGUUUGAUAUCUGAGAUAUUUGAGCCAAAUAUUACUGUAAUGAUCGAUGAGCUCUGUUCAAUAUUGAAGUAUUUCAUGCUCAUGUUCGGUGAUGUUGGAUUUUCUCUUAUGAUCGUGUUUAGCAAAGGAUCACUGUGAUUAGAACCCGGAUACUGGAUUUAUUUCCAUUAUGCAGUGGAACCUUUGCACUUUAAUUCGCUCUGGAGGCGAGUUCUUAAGGUGAAAAUUUGUAUUGUGAAACGAAUUUUCCUAUAAGAAAUAAUGUAAAUGCAGAUAAUCCGUUCCAGUCACUCAAAAAAUAUGACCGAUAUUCCCAAUACGAAGCGUAUGUAAACUGUAUGGCUGCUUACAGAGAACUGACCCAAGCCAAGCAUUCCAUGUCAAGGCUCCUCACAGGAAGUCGUGCCACCAGGCUUGGGCUAAAAAUAGAUCAGACCACCCACACCACCAAUCUGUCAACAAAAAAACAUCAUGUAGCUUAAGGCAACGUUGGUAUCGUGGGUGGACUCUUUCAAAACAGCUUUCACUGACUGAAACAUCAUAAAAUUCGUAAACUCGCUUCAGUUAGCUUCUCUUGGCUUUUCACUGAAGCAAACAAGUUUUGACGUACAUUCGGACGUAUGCGCAACUUAGCCAACGUUCAGUUCGGUUUGUUAGUUUGCUGAAAAUGCAUAGUAUGCCGAUGCAAAUUUCUUGCCAAAUGGCGAAAAUUCAUAAUGGAAGGCGUUCAUAUGCUGAGGUUCCACUUGUAAUAUGAAAUGAGUAAGUUAUUAGAUAUCUAGGUUUGCUAAAAGGAUGCUAAUAUACAUUUGAAUCAAAUGGUUUAAUUUUGCGCCGCUCAGUCAUCCAAAAGCUUUUAACGUUUAAUAAUUACAGUAUACUUUAAUUAUCGCAAGGCUUUUUCCCCCCUUCUGUUAUCGUGUCUCUUGUAUAAAUGUCAUGGGAUAAUUAGGGAUAAAAACCAUUAGUGCCAUUCUAUGUGAUCUUUUCAUCGUUAUUUUAUAAUAGAGUGCAUAAUUGAUCAAACAUAAUACUGUAUAUUUCUGUUUAACAUGUUCAAGGAGUAGACAGCGAGACUGUUUUUCUCUGUGUGUCUUUAGAAAACCUGGUGUACAAACGUUCAUUCAAGUGA